AUGGGUAACGAUAAGUUCUUCAUAUUUACUAUUGCACAUAUUGGAUUGUGUGCAUUAGUCGCUGCAUAUGCUGUUCUCGGAGCAUUUAUGUUUCGCGAAAUUGAAUAUCCAGAAGAAUUGAAAUUUCAGGGGCAUAUAGAAAAUGAUACGUGGAGGGUAAUAAAUGAAUUAUACAAUUUCAUUGAUUCAAGUGACGUGAUCGAAGAAGCGGAAGUGAAAAACAAAGCACAUCAGUUGCUCAAAGUUUUCGAAUUACAGCUUGUUAAUGCUGUCAAUUUUGAAGGUUAUGAUGAUAAAGAUGUGAUAACACCAAAUUAUCAAUGGACAUUUUCGGGUGCUUUAUUAUUUUCAAUAACUGUUUUCACAACUAUCGGGUAUGGUCAUAUCUGCCCAAAAACACCUUUGGGACGUGGUAUGACAAUGUUAUAUGCAAUGAUUGGUAUACCUCUCAUGUUGCUCUGUUUGGCAAAUAUUGCCGAAAGCCUUGCUCAGGUAUUUACGUUUGUAUAUUUCAAAGUUUGCUGUGCAUAUUGUCGAUGGCAAAAAAAUCGCCGCCGUGUUUAUCGUUCGGCAAUCAGUUUCCGCUAUCAUCCCAAUGCACCAGUAAAUGCUAGAAGAGUUCCACCAAGUCACUAUAAUCAACGUUACACUGGAAUACGUCGACAUGGAAGUUUGACGCGAACGCACGGAACACGUAUGAAGACUACUUUGAGCGAUACGAAAAGUAUUCGUAGCUCACGAAGUUUUAAUAAUAAAUUUGACACAAUUUCAUUAUCGGGACAUAGAAAUUUUGCUGCUUACAACUUUCGAACGUUUCAUGAUAUCCAUCAUAAGAGAAGUACAGGAAUAGCAGGUCGAAUCCGCUCAAAUGAAAUGUCAUUACGUGACUCUUUACUUCGUAUUGAUGGCGAAUCUAAACAAAAGCGCAAUUGUUAUAGCUUAUCACCAAGGCCUCCUAUUGAACGUCCAUACUUAUCUUCCAAAGGUGGUAUACCAAUACAUUAUCAAAAUGAUGGUAAAUCACGCGGUGCCAUCGUCGAACUUAAAACUUAUGCAGGUGGCACUGCCGGAACAUCGACUAAUUUACAUCCUAAUGUUACUGGCCAUAUUUCGGUGCCACAAUUAAGAGCCAAAGCUCGAUUAAAGGAAGAAAAAGAAAAGGAGAUGUCAACAGUUACACCACCACGGAUGACCAUCAAUCAACGUGCAAAUAAUUCAAACAGUAAACAGAGUGAUUUGAUAAUACUACCACAAAUUACAAUUGGUGAUAAUGUAGAAGAGAAAGAUGGAACUAAUCAUCAGAGAUCUUCGGAGAAUACUGAACAAAGAACUGUUGCAACAAUAGUAAAGGAACAAGAACAAGCAGAAACGACUGAGAAACUAAAUUCAGGAGCAUCAUCUUCGCAGGAAUUAACCCAACACCGAUCAGCAGGUGUUAUCAUUGAACGCAUAAUGAGCACAAAUAAGCCACUGCUUUUCAACAGUCCUUUUUUGAGGAGUGCGGGUAGCGAACGGUCUGAUGAGAUGUCAUUGCGGUCAAUACGACGUGCGGGUGUGCCGUACAAACGUGAAAAAAUGCCUGUUUCGGUUGGAAUAAUUACGGUAAUUUUGUUCAUUGCCGGUGGUGCUAUUUUAUUCGCUGUUUGGGAAGAUUGGAAUCUUUUCGAUGGUGCAUACUAUUCAUUUAUUACUUUAAGUACGAUCGGUUUUGGCGAUAUAGUGCCCGGGCAAAGUCUCGGUGAAGGUUCACAAGAAAAGCUAAUUGUAUGUGCAUUAUAUUUGUUAUUUGGUAUGGCAUUAAUCGCUAUGUGUUUCAAACUGAUGCAAGACGAUGUGGUUCGGAAAGCACGAUGGCUUGGACAAAAAAUAGGCAUUCUUGGAAACCAAAAUGAAGCGUCGCGGUUGGGUGAAAUAUUGACAUCACCUAUACUGCGCAUACUGGAACUGCAAUCCAAUAUUGCACAAUCACGAGUACAAGCAAUGCGAGAAAGUGUGUCAGAAUCAGGAUCUGAAAUGGAUGAUGAUAACUUUGUAGAAGAUGAUGAAGAUGAUAUUAUGUCUGAAGAAAAAACUGAUCAGGAUAAGCCUACUUUAUCCAGCGGUUCAUCGAAACGUGAUGACGAUGAGUUACGUAAUUUGACCCUACGUGAUGAGAAGAAAUAUCAAGGAUAUCAGAGAAGCUCACAUAUGGUCCUAUAA